AUGCGCUUCCUUCAGCUUUUGACAUGGGCAGUAGGCGUUGCAGCUACUGUCCAGGCUUCAACGCUGUCGACGGCCGGUGUCCAGUCUCUGGUUCAACGCCGUCUUCCAAAGCACGCGGAUUCCUUCAUUUUUGAGAUUACGACAACAGUCUCCAACAGCAACUCAACUAGCUCAGAGCUUGAUAGCUACGUCGUGUCUAGCAUGAACGAGGGCAAGAUCCGGGUUCAAGCCAACUCGAUUAGUGGGUUAUUGUCGGGUCUUCACAAGUAUUUGUCUGGCUCGGCUCACGUUGAUGUUUGGUGGUUCGUUGGCAGCCAGCUGGACGCUGCCCCUUCAAGCCUACCAGCCUUGUCUGCGCCCCUGAAGGGUUCCAUCACUACUUCUUACACCUCUGCGUUCUGGAGCUGGGAGGAAUGGGAGCUGCAGCUUGACUGGAUGGCACUCCGUUCCGUCAACCUUCCUUUGGCAUGGAUUGGAAUUGAGAAAAUCUUCAUCGAAGUCUUCCAAGAGCUAGGUUUUUCUGACGACGAAAUCAAAGACUUCCUCUCUGGCCCGGCCUUUCUCGCCUGGAACCAUUUCGGAAACAUUCAAGGGUCCUGGGGUGGAGAUCUGCCCUUCUCGUGGGUUGAAGAUCAAUUCGCGAUGCAGAAAAGGAUUGUAAAGCGCAUGGUUGAGCUUGGAAUGACUCCCAUCUUACCCGCGUUCCCUGGAUUUGUGCCAGCGACCAUUUUGCAGCACUUCCCAAACGCCAACGUCUCCAACAGCUCGGCCUGGGAGCGCUUCGACACCAAGUACACCAACGUAACUUUUCUAGACCCAUUCGACGAGCUGUUCGGCCAGCUUCAACAGAGUUUUAUUAGCAAACAGAAGGAACACUACGGAAACGUUUCGAGCUACUAUGCGCUUGAUCAAUUUAACGAGAACUCGCCGGCGUCAGGCGAUACGGGCUACCUUCAAACGCUCAGCUCCAAUACAUGGAAGACCCUCAAGAGGGCUGACCCGGAUGCUGUGUGGGUCAUGCAAAGCUGGCUCUUCUCGUCUGACAGCGCGUUCUGGUCCAGUGAACGGAUCAAGGCGUUCCUAGGGGGCGUGACAGAGAACUCCGACAUGCUGAUCCUUGAUCUCUUCUCCGAAUCGACACCACUUUGGGAAAAGACGGAGUCCUAUUACGGUAAGCCUUGGAUCUGGUGCCAGCUGCACGACUACGGACACAACAUGGGUCUCUAUGGGCAGAUCAUGAACAUCACCAUAAACCCAAUUCAGGCUCUGGAUGCCGAUUCAAGUACCAUGGUAGGACUUGGUCUGUCCAUGGAAGGCCAGGAGGGUAAUGAAAUCGUGUACGACCUGCUACUCGACCAAGCUUGGAGCACCACUCCCGUUGACACGCAGGAGUAUUUCCACGACUGGGUCAGCAGCCGAUAUGGAGCCAGCAGCAACGCAAUCCCAAAUGGCUUAUACGCAGCUUGGGAGAUAGUGCGCCCAACAGUGUACAAUAACACGCAUCUGGCGGCUAAUGCGGUUCCUAAAUCCAUCUUAGAGCUCGUUCCCAGCACGACGGGGAUGCUCAACCGUACAGGCCACCACCCUACAACCUUGAACUAUGAUACGUCGAUUCUGGUCGAUGCAUGGGGUGAGAUGUACGCGGCUGGAAAAGAGGAGCCCGCGCUCUUUGGGAAUGCAGCCUACCAGCACGACCUGGUUGACUGGACUCGACAGGUGCUCGCCAACACCUUCAUUCCAAUGUAUCAGCGCUUGGUUGAAACUUACAACGGGACUGGUUCCGGCACCAACCAGACAAGCCCGGCCAACAAGUGUAGCCUUCAGAAGCAGGGUCAGCAAAUCACCUCCUUGCUCACCUCCCUCGAUGCCGUACUCGCAACCAACAAGAACUUCAGACUAUCUACCUGGAUCGAAGCAGCUCGCGCGACUGGCCACACAGGCGCUGGGGAGGAUGUCGCCGAUUUCCUCGAGUAUGAGGCACGUACACAAGUCACGCUAUGGGGACCCAAGGGAGAGAUCUCCGACUAUGCAUCCAAGUCUUGGGCAGGUCUCGUGUCACAUUACUACCUCCCUCGAUGGCAGCGCUUUGUUUCAUACUUGAUUGCCACGCCGCCUGCUAAGUAUAACCAAACUGCCUUUGCAGCCGAGCUGUUGAGUUGGGAGGAGAAAUGGAUUGAGAAAAAGACGGGUGGGAGCGAGCUGGGAGACGUGUCUGGCCAGGGACUAGAGGUGGUUUUGCAAGAGGUUGUGGCUAAGUGGCCAUCUAUCUUCAAUGUCGCUGCCUAG